AUGAACGAAGUGAUAAUUGACCAGCAUACACAAUCGCAGCCUUUACGCAGGCAGAGACUAAGAGUUGCAAACGCUUGCCAAGUAUGUCGCUCGAGGAAAAUCAAAUGUGAUGGCGCUCGCCCAGCAUGCACCAGAUGUCAGACUAGAGGCAAGGCAUGUGUCUAUGGUCAUUCUGUCGGUGCCGUUGAGAAGCAGACAACACGUAAACCUCGUGGACAAGCAUCAUUAGCUCACACCCCUGUUCCUAUGAUGGUCUCACCCCCAUCUUCGGCACCUUCACUGGAAACUCCACCAGGAUCAGUAGCGAAAACGCCCUCCAGAGUUGAUUCAAUACCUGGACCUCACCAUGUGAAUGAAGAUCGAGAGGCAGAGCCUGACCAAGAGAAAAACCGGGCAUACUUUGCCGCACAUGGGCGGUUUGCCGGCCAGGUCGCCGCUGCCAUAGACGAGAGGGCAGGGCUCAUCCCCGACAACUGUCAUCAGGUGCCAAUGGUAGAUGCAGCGCUAUUUGGAGAUCUUGAGCUACCUUCACAAUCUUGUCUCUUGCCCUCGUCAACCGAAUUGCCUCCCCGGCCCUAUGCCGAUCAACUAAUUGACAUAUACUGGCAACACGUUGACCCUAUGGAGCCGGUAUUAGAUCACCAACGUUUCCUCGAAAACUACGAAAAAGCAUAUUCAACGCCCAUAACAACCCUCUGCGCAGACUACGACCUCUGGCUUGGUAUCCUCAAUGUAGUAUUUGCCCUGGCAGUUCAAAGACAAGAACAAAACCCGCUGCACCAAAGAAACGAGGAAGCAAAUCGCUUUUUUCAGCGUGCAUGGGCGCUUCUUCCAGCUGAGUCUAUGCUAUGGAAACCCGGAUCACUCGAGCUCGUACAGUGCAUAAUGCUGAUGAAUCGAUACCUCCACUGCACCAAUAAUCAACAUAAGACAUGGAUGACAGCGGGGUUGGCAAUGCGGAUUGCGCAGAGCAUGUGCUGCCAUUCCACCGAGACGCCUUUAGUAAAAGGCUCCAGUGACGAGAAAGCGCUGAAACAGAAGGUAUGGGCUAGCUGUGUUGCGCUCGAUCGAUGCAUUUCCUGGUCACUGGGUAAGAGUUCGGCAUUGGUGCUAAUACCAUCCCCGCCAUCCAGUAGCUCCCAACAAGGAGGUCAGAACGUGAUGCAUGAUACCUGGGGAUUGAGACUUCACGAAAUUGGGAAUCAAAUCCAAUUGGCGCAGAUACAGACGCGAACUAGUCUCGCAGCCAGAUUUCGCCCUCCACUCCUAUCUCAGCAAGACGAGUACCAUAACACGGCAUUGCAACUAGAUGCAUGUCUCCAAGAUUGGGAAAAUAGUCUCCCUGGCGAUUGGCAGUCGCGGAACCUCAGAAUGGUUGUCGACAGGUCGUCCCGAGCUGAGCGAUACUUGCUCCAUCUUCGCUACCUCCACCACCGAAUCUUUCUCUACAGGCCCAUGCUCGCCCGCUUCUACUCAAUGAAACCAGACACCAACCCCUCACCCAAAUCACCAUGCCUAAGCUACCGACUUCUCCGUGAAAGCGCCAGCAUGUGCAUCGAAGCCGCGGAGCAGGUGGCUUCACUAGUUAACGAGACGCUCGAGCCAGACGAGCCCAUUGGACUCCUUCCGUGGUGGUACAGAAUAUACUACUUUCACAUCGCGGGUGCCAACUUCCUCGCAGCUAUGUUUAGAUCGGAGCUGUUCACAGACUCUGUUUCCCAGUCUUGGAAAAGCGUGCUGCUGGCUCUCCGCGCUCAUGAACACUUGAGUCCUUAUGUUCAGCAGUGUCUGUGGACAUUUGAGACCCUCGCAGCCAGGAUCACCGGCAAGCCUUACCCCAGUCUGGAUGGCAGUGGGUGUGGUUUGAUGGUCGAUGUGUCUUCGGGAGUUUCAUUCGACGAUAUUUUCAAGGAUGUCAAUUUUGACUUUGACAAUUUUAUAUUCGGGCCUGAGGACUUCGGAGAAGGGUUGGUGUAG